CGGUGCCUCUUUCUUACAUGAUUUCAUGUUGCCACUGCUUCAAGCACAUAUACUAUACCAAAUCCUAAAGAGAUCAAAAUGUAGGUGGGGUCGUUAAUUCAAUUAAUUAACAAACCCGUGAUAUACAAACAAAAAAGCACACUAAUUUGUGCGUUGUAUAUUCAUCCAUAUUUUAUAUCACAUUGCAUACCUCUUACUUUUCUACUCUUUUCUCAGAAACUUCUUCCUCAGACUCCUCCAAUCUCUUCAACAUCGAUCCUUCUCAAGGAAAUUCAAGAGCAUAUGGAAAGUGACCAGGUGACAACCAAGGACAUGAGAGUUCAAAUGCCACCAUCUAGGAGUGAGGUCGUGUCAGGUGCUGUGGUGGAGCUUCAAGGCGCUUCUAAUUUGGGACAAGGUGGCCUUCAGAGACAACCUAGCAUGACCAAGACCAAUUGUCUAUGUUCUCCAACCACACAUGCCGGUUCCUUUCGUUGCAGACUUCACCGCACCCCUAGUCUUCAGAGGACCAAAAGCAUGGAAUCAGAGGCAUCCACGGUUCAUGCUUCCAUCGUUCAUUCUGUUGCUGAUCCCAACAAGGAUCCACUUCAUUGACUGCUAAAUAUUAUUAAGCUGUUAUAUAUACAUAGUAACUUGUCUUUGUUCACUUGAGUUGUGUAUUUUGCUACGCUAUCUAUUUAUGAUCGCCAAAUGUAAACAUGUUUGUCAUGGAAAUGUAUAAUUUUACUCUAUUUGAAUGUCAUGUAAACAAUUUGGGAUCAUUUUCAUUCA